AUGCAGCUUUUUAGCACAUUCACGACUUUAUACGCUUUGAACCUUUUCAACUGUAUAAAUGUGUUUGUACCAUAUUAUUUGAUCAAAGGAAUUAUCUUUAACACAGAAUUCGAUAAACAUAUUGAAUUUAAUGAUGAUUCCAAAAAUGUUAAAAUAACUGAAGUUUUUCCUGGUAAAUCGCAAGAGUUAACCUCACCUACACACAAGGUUGACGCCAAGGAAAUCAGCAACGAUAUCAAGGAUUCCAGGCAAAAAUCUUCUGUUAACAAUAGUUUAGAUUCCGGGUUUUCAACGAACGACCCCUACGAAUCAAUAUGCUUCGCCGAGAAGCUGGACGUAGGCGAGCCGCUUCCGCUAAUAUACCCGAAUAAGGAUCACACUGAGCUAAUGGUUAACACUGAAGUUCUUAAGGUGUUGGAGAGUGUCCCAAAGCCGAUCUACCCAGUAGGAGUAAUCGGCUCUGUCAACUCGGGUAAGAGUCUGUUGGUCAACCUCUUGAACGACAACCAUUUCUGUAGCAAUAGAGCUGGAGAUAAAAAGGAUAGCACAAGUCCUAAAGCAGGAAACGGCGGAAUCUCCAAAGGUUUCAAAAUGGCAACAACACCUGAGCCUGAAACCAGUGGAAUUUGGAUGUAUUCUAAGCCAGUGAAGAUGACAAGGAGAAGGUUGCAGGAGAAACUGAAAGAUAAAGAGGGCAAGGCGAAAAAGAGAUUCUUCUCACUGAAGAAUUUCAGUGCCACCGAGGGGAUUCAGAAGCAGAAAGUAACUAAGUCAAGUUCCUCAGGCCCAGAAGAGGCCGAGGAGCUAGAUCUGGACCAGGAGGUGAACGUGGUGUUCAUAGACAUCGAGGGAUUCAGCAGCCACAAGAACAUCUACAAGUACGACGAAGCACUAUUCUCCAUGGUCUCAUCAAUAUGCUCAGAGGUAAUCUACCUGUCAAACAAGACGCUGGACAAGUCGGACUUGCACACGGUGGAAGAGCUCAUCAAGUCGUCAUUGCUCUCUAAAAUAUCAAACCUGUACACACUGUACACAGGCAAGGGAGAGCCCAGAGAAAACAGAGAGGAAAUAUUCGAGUACUUUCUCAAAAUAUUCGAAAACAAAAACCUGACCUUCCUGAUCAACGAGUUCGACUACACGUCGAAGAAGGCAUAUGAGAACCUGGUAAACCUGCUGAAGGCACCAAAGAGAGAUCUGUCACUAUACGAGUUCUUCCUAUACAACCUGAGGAAGAAGAAAUCUAAGGACUACGAACAAAAAAUGAGGGAACUCGAAGGUGAGGAAGCAGAGAGUUACGAAAAUGUAGGAACAGAUUUAGGAUCACUGGGAAUCUUGGGGCCAAAAUUGGAUGCGACAAGGAGGAAAGAUAAGAAUAACGUGAGUUUGGGGUCGGAAGAAGUUAAGUUCAACAUCCACGGGUACUUAUUUCAUACGCUGUUCAACUCAGUGAACAUAGCAACGCUGCCGAGCACGUCGAAGAAUGAGUUGAUCAUGAAAAUGGUGAAGGAGAACAAGGAUAAAAAGAGUAAGGGCAGAGGAAAGAACGGAAAUGAAGUCUCGGAAGAGGACUACCUUGAGAACCUGAGAACCUUUAAGUCGGAGCUGUUUCAGAGGUCGACGAGAAACCCGCUGAAGAAGUACUGCCUGCUGGACGGAGUGAUGACGACGUGCCACAUGUCAGGAAGGGACCUGGCGGAGAUGGUUAAGUUCACGCUCUCGAGCCUGUCGCUCAACAGGUACUACAAGCUAGCAUCGUCAUCGGCAAGCGUCGAGCUCUUGAGCAGCCUCGACUACAAGGACGCGUUCGACCAGUACUUCAAAAUGUUCAGGUCCACGAGGCUUCUGAUGAUCAAAAAUGACCUGCACGACACGUACAAGGGAGUCCUGAAGGGGUACAUAAACGGAGAAUCGAGGAAGGGAGACAAGAGUCAAUUGGGAGACGGGUUCAUUGGCUUCAAGAGCCCCGGCAAGUGCGAACAAGGAUGCCAAGAUAUCGAUUCUGAGAGCAGAUUGCCGACGAUCCCAAUGCUUAACAAGUACAGCAGGUACCUGAAGGAAAAGCUCAUGGACGUGUUGGUGAAGAACUACGAAAACGAAGCGGUGCCAGAGGACUUUGACAAGAUCAAGACGGACCUGUCCCACGGGUUAGACAGAGUUUCAGGGGAGAUCGAGGAAGAACUGUACGGAAAGCUGAAGAACCACUGCACGAACGUGUCAGAGGCGCUGAUACAGGGGUUGCAGAAGGAGCUGGACCAGCUGAAUCUGCCGCUGUUGCCGAGUAGACUGAAGUUCAUACACGACCUGUCUUCAAAGUACGGAAAAAUGUACCCAUUAGAGCUGGACGGAGUUGACCCGAAAGACGAAGAGUUCCGCCGCAUUUAUGGCCACGGACAGGAUAACAUGAUCAACACACUGCUGAGUCAGUCGGACCCAUGUGACCUGGUCUACGAACAUUAUACGAAGGCAGUUCACAGAAGCGUCUCAGACACGCUCAGGAAAAACGAGCAGCUUAUCGAAGACCACUUCUAUGACAUAUACAACAGGGCAGUGAAGCACUUCAGGACGAAGUUCUCGGAGGUGGAAAAGACGUACGACAUCCCAUUGGACCAGGCACUGAAGUCGGCAAACGCAAUAAUGAAGGAGUCACACAACGUGAUGCUGACGCACCUGGGCGAGUUCCACGCGCUCGACUACCUGGUAAAAAAGUACAAGGGGAAGCUGUCAAGUACGCUUUCUGAGGAACUGGAGCUGUUCAAAAAGGCCCACAAGAGGAAGUGCUCGGACAAGCUUGACAACAUCAAAAGACACUACGAGGGCAACUACAGAGUUUUACUGGAAAAGGCGAGGAGGAUGCCCGCGAAACCGGAUAUGCUCAUCAAGUUCCGCGACUACAUGCUACACCUGGCGAGGAGCGAGUUCUUCAGGACCUCGUGCUCGGACCUCUUGGACAUAGAGAAGAGGCACAAGCGCUUCGAGGAGGCCCUGCAGAGGGCCUUCAAGGACAGCUUCUCAGACAACGCGAAGGUGGCGGCGGCUGCGAUUCAGGACCAGUUCGACAUGAUCGACGUGUACCUGCAGACGAGGGUGAAGUCCAGCCCUUUCUACAUUUACUUCCGCUACAACGCGAAAAGGUACGCGAAGAUCAGGCUCAACUACCUCGCGCUGGCUUCCAGGUUCAACUUCAGGGACGAGACGCCCUCGCCGCAGGACGCGCUGCAGUUCGACGAGGUUCUCUUUGACCCGGAGUGCGCGAAGACCCAGUCCAGCCCCCUGCAGCCCGGCGUUUGCGGAAGCCUGGCCCCGAGAUACGCCAUUAACAUGAACGAGCUGGCGACGCACUUCAUCAGGAUGGAGAAGUCCCAGAUCCGCCAUGAGUUCGCGGACGCCGUCCUGGAGGAGUACCUCAGGAUGCGCAUGCCCGCAUUCCGGAGGAUGUUCCUGAAGCGCUACUGCAACGCCAUCGUGCUGGUCUGCAGCCUCUCGCUGCUGGGCAUGUCGGUGCUCUCGUUGACGCUCGCGCACAGCUGGUCGAACAAGUUCAUCUUCAGCAUCGCCGGACUCUCAAGUUACUUGUUGCUGGUGGGCUUCCUGAACCUGAGGAGAAACCUGGCUCGUGUGCGGGAGUUCGUGGUCAACUUCGUUCUCGGAACCCUGAGUCACUUUUGCAAGCUUUGCCUGAUGGGCGUCUUGAGGGCCCUCGGCCUCGUCAUCCAGGGUAUCGUCUACGUAAUCAGGCGCCUCGGAUUCCUCUUCACCUUCUUCUUAGGCUUCACGACGGCAAUAAUCUUCUACGCCGUCAUCUACUACAAGAUCAAGACUAAAAAGAAUGAGGAGCGCUCUAAGUAA